AUGUCUGUCACGCUCCAUACCACCCAUGGCGACCUCAAGGUAGAGAUAUUCUGUGAAGCUGUCCCCAGGACCGCCGAGAAUUUCCUAGCCCUCUGUGCCUCAGGCGCCUACAACGACACCCCCUUCCACCGCCUAAUCCCCUCUUUUAUGAUCCAAGGCGGCGACAUAUCUCUCUCCCUGCCCUCCACCGAUUCCGAAUUACUCCCCGAACGACCUUCGUUGCCAUUCGAAAUCCCCAAGGGCGGAGCAUCAAUUCACCACCCAGAGCCCCUCGAGCAAGAAAUCCACCUUCCGUCCCUCCGACACAAUGCCCGUGGAAUCCUCAGCAUGGCGAGCAAAGCCGUUAAAAAGAGCACAACGGGUUCGGAGACAAAGCACAUCAACGGCAGUCAGUUUUUCAUCACAUUUGCCCCCGCGUCUCAUCUUGAUGGGAAGAGUACUGUCUUUGGGAAGGUUCUAGGUCUAGGUUCCAAGGAAAAAGGGGAGGAGCACGAUACAUUGACGAAGUUGGAAAACGCGAAGGUGAAGAUUGAUAAGAAAGGGAGGGUCGUACAGCCGGGUGACGUUGGGAAGAACCAGAAGAAAGAAAAAGCAGAAGCGGAGCAGGAUGCGGAAUGGGAGCGAAUUGGGAUUGAAAGGGUGACAAUCCAUGCAAAUCCGUUUGCGGAAUGA